AUGGGAAACAAAAACUCUUGCGAAGCCAAGUGAUGCAAAAAUGAAGCUCUUUACAUCUGCUUAUGCAAAAAUACCAAACUAUGUGUAGACCACAUAGAGCAGCACAGAGAAGCUAACCCUCAAGAUCGUCAUGAAUUCACCCCAAUCAAUGACGCACACAAAUCGUUAGACAGUGCUCCAGCCCAGGUGACUCUAUCAAAUUUGAUUUUUACCCGAAACAUUUAUCGGUCUCCUGAAGGUACAACUGAAGUCUCAGAAGGCCGCAUAAAAGAUGUCGCCGGAAAAGUCGCGAUCAAAACCAUGAUCUGUCGAUCUGAAGGGGAGUUCAAAAAGAAACAAAAAGAGGCAGAGCUCCAGAUUUCUAUGAGACACCCCAAUAUAUGCAAAUGCAUUACUGCUUUUCUUGACCAAUCUUAUCAAUACGGAUAUAAAUAUGUUAUUGUAAUGGAGUUCUCAGAAAACGGAGACGUGGAGCAAGAUAUAGAAAAUCGAAGACUGAGAAAUAACCCUUGGAGCGAAACUGACCUCAUGACUCACAUGACAGACUUAAUUGAUGCUUUUGCAUAUUUGCAAGAAAAAAACCUGUCACAUGGAGACGUAAAGCCUAGAAACUUAUUUAUUGCGAAUGAUGGGAAAAUGAAAAUAGGAGACUUUGGGGAGUCUAGACAAGGGAUGCAUGCAUUGGUUACUAGGACUUAUCAGGUAACUGGAACUGUUAUUUAUUUCAGCCCUUUGUUAUUCAAAGCUUAUCUAGAAAUAAUCAAAGGCAAAAAUGUUUCAGGAGAUGUCAGGCACAACCCAAUCAAGUCUGAUGUUUAUUCAUUAGGAUUAAGCUUCCUCCACAUGGCUAGCUUAAAUAAACCUAUUGAGCUGAACAACCUGGAAAUAGGAUCAGACGCCUUACAAAAUCAAGUGGAAAGAGCCAUUUCUAAGCUAAACUACCCUGAAAGGAUAAAAAUGCUGCUAGAUAGAAUGCUCCAGGUCCCAGAAAACAGAAGGUCAGAUUUCGUACAGCUGAGAUCAUUUUUAACUGAACUUAUAACUGGCUCCCCUGCAGCUCAUCCAGUCUCCCAAUCAGCUCCUGCAACUCCUCGUAACGAUGCAAGACUUACAACAAGAACCCCUUCCCGCAGUCAGUCUUUAUUUACAGGCCCAAUGCUAUUUUCUCUUGCCCAAACUCCUGGAAAAGCCAAUAUUUACAGCAUUUUGACACGAAAAAUCACUUCUAUGAGCUGCCACCGUUUUCAAUACUCCUCAAGAGCUGUCAUUAUAGGAGAAAAUGUCCUUCUAACAGGAGGCUUAAAAAAUCCAAAAAAUACUUUUUCUAUCAAUUUGAAAUCUUCAGCCUCAACCAAGCAGCAGGAUAUGAAUGAGCCUAGAGCAUGGCACGCUAUGGCAAUUUUGGGUGAUUUUGUAUAUGUAAUAGGAGGCAGAAACCCUGAAUCAAAAGAUGCACUGGCUAGUGUUGAAAUUUAUAAUAACGAAAAUUGGCAAUUAAUCUCCCCAAUGCAAAGGAAAAGGGAAAAUGCGACAAGCGUGGUUUUUGAGCAGAAUAUUUAUGUGGUAGGCGGGUCAAACAAAGACUCUGGAAGGUGGGAUCUAUUAUCGAGCAUUGAAAAAUUUGAAAAUAGCGUGUGGAAUGAAUUAGAGAUCAGGCUGCCUGAGCCUAUGUCUGGAGUUGCUUUAAUCAAAACGUCGCCGAAUAAUAUUUUGAUGGUAGGUGGAGCACGAGAAAGAGGAGCAUAUUCACAAAACACUUAUCAUUGGAAUAUUGAAAGCAAUGAUAUUGUUCCUGGGACACCUAUAGACGAAGGUGAUGCUUUCACGUCUUGCUGUUCAUAUUUAGAUGAAGAAAAAAUUGUAGUUAUUGGACAAUUAAUGGGUGUCUUUGAAUAUAUAUUUUUCUUAAUAAGAAAUCUUAUAGUCUUUAUAACUUUUUGCUUUAUUUUAAAGCAAAACUAUGCAAUUUGUCUAUAAAACAAUAUAUAAUAUAGCUUGAUUAUCAUACAAUUGCAAGCAAUCAAUGGGAACUUAUGAGAUUCAAAUGUUAG